AUGCUUUCAAUAGAAAAAGAAAAUUCAAGAGUUGCUACAACUAAACCAUUAGAUGAACUUUUUACGAAUGUAGGUCAAAAGUUUGAGACAGAGACCGUAAAGCAUGAAGGCUAUCGUUUUGACUACCCACUAAGAUGGUUAAGAGACCCAUCCGUCACAAAAGCUGUUGGCUUUCGUAGAAUGAAGUUCAUUUCAGAAGCCAUACAUGGUUUCCCAUUUACGGUCGCUUUUGAAAUUCGAUACUAUAACAAAGAAAAACGUACGUAUGAGAAAUUUGAACAGGGAAAACUUUUACAAGUGAAUUUGCUUGUAAACUUAGAAACAACUCUUCAAGCUUUUCAAGAAAAAAUAAACGAUAUCUAUCUCGAAUAUGCAAAACAGUACAACAUUGACGAAGGAGAGUACCAUCUCGAUAUUUUAUAUGACAGGAAAAAUGCAACUGUUAAAAUCAAUAGAAUAGAAGACCUUGGAGAAGACGUUUAUAUUUCUACAAAAUAUAACAACUUGGCAUGGUAUAGAUUUUUGAGGAUGUUAAAUCAGCCUGCAGAAUAUCCAGUACACCCGAACUUUUAUGAAGUCGAAAACCCUAAUGGAACAUAUGAAAAUGUUUUCGACUCAGAUGCUAUUAUAGUUCAUGCUUCAUUUUCUGGUGCACAAAACUCUUUUUUAUGCUUGGCAAAUGACUUUUACGAAAACCUACAAAGCUAUAUGAACCACCGAGUGGAA